AUGCUGGACGUGGCGCAUACGAUACAACAGGCGUCAAGAAGCCGGGCGUCCCGCCUCCACCGCCAAAAUGAUGCUGAGAAGUCUACAGGUGGCAGCAUAAGCUCCUUCUGGAGUGGAGAGUUUCGCUUGUAUUAUAUAUAUAUCCCGUGCCCCAGAUCCGGAUUGAAGGAACAUUCUUCAUUGAUUUCUUACCGCUAUACUAUUGAUCUUUUCAAAUAUCUACCAACAAUGCAAAUCCUCCGGCAGAAGAACGCGAGUACGGUUGACGUUGAACCUUGCGGAGGGAAUGAAUCAGAUGGUAGUACCGACCUAGCUUCCACAACUAGUAUCCUAUCAGAGCUGAGCCGAACUCCCAGUCUGGACUUCAGCGAUACAGACGAGGAUGUCGACAGCAUUCUAUCGGAGCUCAGCCGAACUCCCAGUCUGGACUUCAGCGAUACAGACGAGGAUGUCGACAGCAUUCUAUCGGAGCUCAGCCGAACUCCCAGUCUGGACUUCAGCGAUACAGACGAGGAUGUCGAUGCAGUCUUAUUCGAGCACCCGCUCGAAGCUCUCCCUAGCUGGGAAAUGAUCGAUAACUUGAAAUCACGAUACUUUGCAUCGGUGUUUCCACUAUUCUAUAGCUUCCCUCCCGCCCAAUUAGAGGGUGAGUAUCUGAUCUUCCGCCAACAUCCCGAUGUCGCACCUCUCCCGUGGCUGUCCUUGCUUUUUGCUAUCCUAGCGUUAGCAUGCCGAACGGAAGAAAACUCUCAAAGACGCCCUCUGUCUGAUAUGCUAUCAAUAAAAUACGAGGAGGUCGCUUGCGACUGUCUGUCUAUUCACUAUCCACCUUUUGAACCAUCGACGAUUGCGCUAAAGGCAGUAAUACUCAUUAUCUACAAUCGUGUCCAUCGCGGAGAGGAUGUAUCAAAGGAUCUUCACUCAGCUUAUGAUAUGGCAAUAUCUAUGAGCUGCCAGCAAUGUUCUACUCAGCCCAUGGCUUGUGAGGAGCAUCGAAUUCUUUGGAUCGGCUUGAAAAUGCUAUGCUCUAUGAACUUUCAGGUACACGGCCAUUGUCAUGAUCCAGAGGUCUCGCGAAGUAUACGCCUCUUGACUGGUAUCGACUAUGAAAAGCCAGUUAAAGUACACAACUUGUCAAUAAGCACGAAAGCAUCAACUCUGCCGGAAAAGACCUUCACCAUGCUACAAUUUCAAGUCCUAAAAAUGUCAGAUACCAUCGCUAUGAGCAUGCAACACGAUCUAUUGUCAGAAUGGACUCUACCUGGAGUGAUCGGUGAGCUAUCUCAUAUGGAGAAAUAUUACAGCGAGCUCUCUACUAGGCUUGAUGGUUCUGAUUUACAAUUGGGGUUCUGGAAGGGCAGCUUCGAUAUUCUACAAUACACUGUCCAGUAUCUCCUCCAGCGUCUUUACAUGCCAUACCUCGAAAAGUAUCUCGAUGGAGAUACCACACCCGAUAGCCAGUCAGCUGCAAUCAAGUGCAUUAGGUGUGCGAGAGCUACGUUAAGACUUUUCAGUUCAUUGACUGGUAAUCAACACCUCAAGGCUUUCACUUGGUAUUUUCGAGGAUUUGGAGCAUAUUAUGCCGCUAUGUCAAGGCGGACACUUGAUAGAGGAGAAGGAUUGUUCUAA